AUGUCAGGCAUUUUUGACGAAACAUUUCAUGUUUUGUGUACCAUCAGCCUUGCAAAAUACAAGAAGGUAGAAUAUUUUUAUUCUACAAUUUCUAACCAAAUCACUGUCCGUCCGGAAUCGUAGCCUUUCCAUGAUUUCUAGAGGCUAUUUAUAAGGAGGCAAUGCUUCUCGACCAAUACCAAUGACAUCUAUGCUGUGACCGCAGCGAAGGAUAGGCUAGUUGUAAAAAUACCAUAAAGACAUUUGGACAAUGUCCUCACGAAUGCUUUCACGAUAAACCUGUGUGAUUGAUUCUGAAUGCUGCGGCGAGAGAAGGCUAAUUCUGGAGUUUUUGGCACCAGCGGAUGCUGCACAGAAGAAUGGGAUACUCCGACCCUACGUCGGGUAGAGAUUUACUCGGCAAUAGGUCGCUUUGUUUUAUAUUCAUUUGCGCAUUUGGACUGGUUACACUUUUACAACAGAUUCUUUAUGGCAAAAACUACAUUAAAAGGUAAGCGCUCUGAAAUAUAUUCCACAAGUAGCCUAUAGGCCCAAAUCAAAUAAUUUGCCAUUCAUCUGAAGAUGAGGUUGCAAGACUCAAUUGUUAACAAUUGCAUAAUGUUGAAAUGUAAGGGACAGCCUGAUAUUUUUUUCAAUUUUGUGAAGCAAAUGGCUCUGUUAUUGUUAUAAUUGUAGGCAUGUAAUACUGUCAUUAUUGUAAUUCAGUGUAAAUGUGGGUGUAUCCUAGUGGUUAUAGUAUUUGCUGCAUGGAGGGGGAAAUAAGCUAAAUGGCUGAAAAGAACAAUAGCAAUCAGCCUUCCAUUUUUCCAGUGGCAUAUUGAAACUAUUCUCAUGAGAUUUAUGUUGGAUAUUUUUCUGAAAAUGAAGCAUCACAUUCAUGCCAUACACAGUGCUCCAGCUGUAUGGUCGUGUACUCCCUUUCUUUCCUUUUUUAAUCUUUAUUUGAUUUUCAGUUUCAGCCUUACUGGUCAUGCAUCUUCUUACAUAAGGCUUGGAUAUCUGCUGAUAGCCUAUCUGCUGAUAUCACAGUAAACUAAAAAACUACAAUCUAUUGAUGCAGUUUAUUGAUCAGUAUUUUUCACUAAAUGUUCAUAAUUUCUACAUGUUUUGUCACAGGGGUUAUUGUCAUAUUCAAUAGUAAUUUAGCUACUACCCUGUAGGCUUCAAUGCACACAUAGCCAUGCACUGUUGCAGCAAUGCAUUCCUACAAUGUUUUGUAACACCUCUGCAACAGCAAUAUGUUUUCUAAUAGGGACUCAACCUUUUCUUAUGCAAUGUAUUUUUGCUAAUAGCACCCAUAGUGAAAUAUGUUAUUAUUAAUCACUGGAAGGCAUUGACUUCUGCAUUAUCAUCUUCUGGGAUGUUUUUCAUUGUGAGACGAGCAGAUACUGAGAAGCUGAGAUAUUUUCAUCUUUAGAUAAUUGACCCCCCCCCCCCCCCCCCCCAAUUUUUUUUUUUAAAGAAAAGAAGAACGAUUGUCACACUAAAUCUGCCCCCCCUCUCAGACAGUGCAUUAUGACUUUGCCUUACAACAAACAUACAUGAACUGCAUUCUAACUGUGCUCCCCCACCCCCACCCCUGCCCAAAGCCCCCUAACCUGUGUGUGUCCCCUGCGCGGACUACUCUGAUGACAUCCUAUGGAUUCAUGGCAUGCUGACACUAUGGCUGAGAUGGCAUGAAUCCAGCCCCAGCAAUAUCUCUAUCUAUCUACCUAUCUAUCUACCUUCCUGCCCCCCACUCCUAGCACGCUGACUGGGACAGAGGGGAAUGGGCUACAGUCACAACGGACCCAGCCAGUGGGCAACAACGGCAGCCAUUUUGCUACACAUUAUCUGCACACCUCAGGAGAAAGAGAGAGAGAGUGAGAGAGUGAGUGAGAGUGUUUUUGAGGGAGAGAGAGAAAGAGAGAGUGGGAGAGCAAGAGAAAGAGAGUGUGAGCGAAGGAACGUGUGAGAAAGAUGGAGAGAAUUUGCGAGAGAGAUGGACAGAGUGAGACUGUGUGUCUUGAAAAUGAUGUCACUGUGAGAUAUUCUCUCCCCCCCCCCCUCGCCCCCAUGCUGAAACCAUGACAACAAGCUAAAGUCGUUGCAACGGGUCCAACCCCUCCUGACACGUAGCCCACCCAGAGUACAUGGGUCUCAAUCUCAUGAGAUUCUCUCAUGCCCCAAAGGAUCUCAGUAAACCAUCUCUGCAAUUGAACAAAUUCUGUGGGGCUGGAAAAUAUAAUACUAGAGACACUUAAGCUUCAAUGCAAAAAUGGCAGUUGCAGAGAGAACUAUGUGAGAAUAACCAGCAGGAAAGUCCUCCAUUACUCCAAGACUAUUUUAUAUUUUUGCAGCUGUAGACAUAAUUAAGUCGUGGGCUGCCAUUUUGAUCUUAUUCAUUUUGAAGACUUUGUUUUAUCCUCAAUGAUUUGGGUACGCAAAAUAUAAUAAUAUUACAAUUGACAGGCUGAUAAUAAGACGCUAAACACAACGGACAGGACGCAAAAUUUAUAUGUUGAUCAACUCAACAGGAUGGGAACAAUAGCUCUGUAAUGUCUAUAAAUAGUCUGCAGAAUGACUUCACCAAUAUCAACACUGUGCCGUGUGACAUCUGUGAUUUUAAGUAGGAUAAAAUGGUUCAGUAUUUUUUAGAAACCAAGUCAGCAGUUCUUUUGUUGGGAAAGAAACUGUUUGGCCUUUUUAGAGACAGUACAUCCCUCUGUAGCAGUGGAGGCUGAUGGGAGGAGCUAUAGGAGGAUGGGCUCAUUGUAAUGGCUGGAAUGGAAUUAAUGGAACAGAAUGGAAUUAAUGGAAUUUGAUACCGUUCCAUGUAUUCCAUUCCAGCCAUUACAAUGAGCCCGUCCUCCUAUAGCUCCUCCCACCAGCCUCUACUGCUCUGUAGAUGAUUGAUGGUCUGCAGGUGUGCAGUGGCUGCACCCGCUGCAUGGUUUCUUUAGUUUAGGAGCAUCACAUAGAAGAUCCAGAAGCCAAAAUCCAUGUCCUGUUUUAGUGUACUCCAACCUGACUGCAACAGCCAUGGGAGCAGUGUCAUUGAGGCUGUUAAUUGGCUCUCUGAGAAGCCAAAUGGGCCUGCAGUAUUGACAUUAGGCCCAAAGCAGUGUUCAUUUUAUCACAUAAUGUGCUUACAGAGAGGCUUUAUGUGUACGAUUAUUGCUACACUGUGCUGUCCACAAGGCCUUAAUGGACCAGAAACAGAGGAUUAUAUGCACAAUGGCAUGAAUGCUCAAAUGGAUUUAUUUAGAUUCAUAUGUCGUUUUUUUCUUAGUGAGUUGGGUCAUACCAUUACACUACACAUAUGAUGAAUUCAAUCAAACAUGUCCCUUUUACACAAAAUUAGUCUUUGAAUGAAAUCAUUUGUAUUUCUUACGGGUUGGGACAUUUGGGUGGGAUAUUUGGAUUUGCCUCAUGCAAUUUUGACAAAAUCUGUUCAAUCCACCAAUGUUACUCCGGGAGGAGAUGGAAUCUGCCCGGUCCAGUAGGGGUCAGCGUCGUGGCCUGGGAGGGUACAGGAGCUAUGCACCUUUCAACGGUGGCCUAUAUGCCGCUGUUGUCUGUAAACCGCUAAGUAUCCUCUCAGUUUGUCUGUUCACUAUGUAACCCCUUAACCAUAAUAAUUUGGUUCUGAUUUAUAGAAUGCGUUGUGGUUUUUCAGAUUGUGCAUGAGCAUAAUGUGCUAAAUUACCCUACAGGCUAACCUACAGAACUAAGAUAUGCUGGACACUAGUGCUGCAGAUUGGGCAAAACCCCCUGAAAUGGUGAAUGAUUAGGGGUUUUAGACCUGAAAUGGUGAAUGAUUAGGGGUUUUAGAUCUGAAAUGGUGAAUGAUUAGGGGUUUUAGACCUGAAAUGGUGAAUGAUUAGGGGUUUUAGACCUGAAAUGGUGAAUGAUUAGGGGUUUUAGACCUGAAAUGGUGAAUGAUUAGGGGUUUUAGACCUGAAAUGGUGAAUGAUUAGGGGUUUUAGACCUGAAAUGGUGAAUGAUUAGGGGUUUUAGACCUGAAAUGGUGAAUGAUUAGGGGUUUUGACCUGUGUGAGACAACAACUGAGUUUUGUCAACUAACCUAAGUUUGACCUGUUUGACCACAAUGAAUGGACCAAGUCAAGUAUUUUUAUUUAAUGUCAUAAAGAAACAUAACAAAUGAUACACACUGUUUUAAACCCAAGUGUGUUUUCUGUCCCCCUGCUCUGCAGCAGAGAUAGCUGAGACACUAGUGCGUCUGCAUUGCAUGCCAUUCUCAGAUGUGAGGAAUCGGCGCCAAGAACCACACCAGAUGGCCAGACCCAUAUGCACAUUGUUAUUCAGCUGAAUCUGAGUUUGGAUUUAUUUGUCCCUUUCAGAUUUUUUACUACUCUUUGGUUGUGUAACAAAAGAAAUCGCUAUGUAGCCUAUCAUUAAUCUUUGGUAAGAUUUGACAUACACUUAUAAGGCACAUUUGUACAUUUAUUUAUUUACCCCUCUUCUUUUUAUCCUUAACUCAUUUUUAUAUUGUGUAAUCAAUAUGUGGUGGGUGUUUUGUUCAUUUAUUACAAAUGUAUUACUGACUGCCACCGUCCCUUUUACACUUUAGAUUUGUCAUCACUUGGGAUACACUUCAACCAUGGUGCCAUUAUCUAGGUUCAUUCUAACCAUUCUAACCAUUCGAACCAUUUUUGGUUUGAUUUGGUAUACUAAAGCCAAAUGCUGAUCCCUCUGUAUGGUGUGGUGUGUCUCUCAGUGUGUGUGUGUGUGUGUGUGUAUGCGUGCUUGCACACAUGGGCAUUGUGUAUAGAAGUGUUUGUGUGUGUGUGUGUGUGUGUGUGUGUGUGUGUCUGUCUGUGUGUGUGUGUGUGUGUGUGUGUGUAUGUUUGGCUGACUGUUAGUUCUCAGGUACUUAACGCACAAUAAACCCCAAAUAAACUGACUAAUUUUCUUACUAGUGCGCAACAGUUUAGCCGACUCAAAGGAGACGAGACAGGAAAUUGGACCGGCCCUGUUAAUUUCUCGGAUGAUGGAUCUCUGAAGCCUGCCAGAAAUGGGAAGAAAAGGUACAUUUCCAACGUGAUUGACUGACUGUACAACACCCCUGUGAGAAAAAGAAAGAAAGAGAGAUAGAGAGAGAGAACAUAACAUUUCCUGCUGAUGUCCCAGCCCCCUGCAUGUGUGGCCAGGGCCUUAGAAGGGCCUUAGAAGCCUCCACUCGCAAUGCAUAACCAGUAUAACCAACCAAACUGCUGUACUAACUAACCAGUAGAGAGACGAAGUCAGCAACAAACACAUACUUAACUCUUUUGCUUCUGCUUGUUUUGCAUUUCUGAGGAAUCCUGGUUGAGAUGUUUGCAGGGGUGAUGAUGAAACAGGACCCAUUCACACUGACAUUUAACUCUAACUUACCUGUCUGCAUGUUGACAGAUGUUUCCGUCAGAAUUUUCAGCCCGAUUCACAGAGCUCCGUAAUAGUCACACCCUGCCUAGCCGAUAUUAAGAAGAAAAAAAAACGCUCGCAAAGGUAGGCCAGUCUGAAGGCAUUUUAAGUACUUUUACAAAAACCCAAGAAUGCCUCUUUCUUUUUCAUUGGUCUGAAAGGAUUAAACUCUCAUAUAUUUUCAGUGGUGGUUGCACUGCAGAUUUGCUCUUGCAUGUUGUCUGAUCCCUUCCACCCAAUCCCCCCCCCCCCCACCCCCACCCCCCCGUGACCCUUGAACCCUGACGCCCAUCCCCCUGAGAAGCUGGUUGGACCACAGCUCCUCCUUGUACCUCUGUGUCCCAUUCAGCACCCAUCUCUCAAAUGCCUUUCCUCCUCAACCUGUGUGUUCAUGCGUUCUGCACAGCUCUGUGUGUAUGUCAUAUACAUAGUGGACACGUCUCUCUGUUCCCCUAUCUCCUCUUCUCACAUCUGCAUCGUCUCUCUCUGCUACCUACCUGGAUUACCUUUCCUUUUGUUUUCCUCUUAAGAGAAGACAAAAAUAUGACACUUUUCCCAGCAGGUGUCUGGCUUCAUUGCUUUGAGGACCUAACGUCACUAGGCAUGAUAACACGCUGGUUAUUAAUAGGGCACUUUUCCAUCUGGCCUUCCCUCAUGGAUGGCAGAAAGCCAGUGUGGCAUGGAAUGAUCUAAAAUGACAAUCAGAGUCUUCUCUUCAAGGCUACAAUACUUAUUAGGGUUUCAUCAUUAGAGCUAAACCAAAUGAAGCUAAGAUGCUACCGAUCUCAGUCUAAAUAGGAAAUAUGAUUAGGAUGUUUUACAUAAGUGUUAUUUUCAAUGGAGACAUGCUGCUCUAGGUAAUGUCAGUAUCUACUCGAUAACAAGCCAAUCCAAAAUACACUGCAUCAUCGGCUGGAUGCAGACAACCAGCUUCAUUGUUCCUUCCUCAUUUUGAUUUUGUCCCAGCAACUUGUUCAAAUGCAUUUUUCUGUCAUGUCACCCAUGUUGUCCUUUUGUGUUUUACCUCACUUCAUUUUAUUUCAACAGCCACAUCAAUCAUGCUUACCAUGUCAGUCAUAUUUUUAACAAACAUUCUCCACCUCAUUCUAUCUCACUGAGAUAGCAUUUGCUCUACAAAUUCAUCCACUGGUGUUGCACAUUGUGAUGGCUGCCAUCUUGGAUUCAACUGAGCUACCCCUCACCUAGCGGACAAAGUUUGAUACGUGACGUCAUAAUUGUGUUUUUUGGUUGUAAACUGUUUUCUGGUAUAGUAGAGAGGACUUCAUAUAACCAGAUUACAACCAGGUAAAGACUGAUUGGUGAUUGGAAAUGCAUUUUUUGUUUGUUAUCUGGUCGUAUAGCCAAAUUACAACCAGAUAAAGACAUAUUUUGCUGGUUGCUAAAAAAUACGAUUACAAAACGUCAUUGCAACCAGUUUUGCCCGCUGGGCAGCCACUCUCUCUGUCCCUCCAGUAGACAGAAUCCCAUUGGUCGGGAGUGACCGUAGUGGGAUACUCAACAUCACCUAUUUGGUAUCUACUUUUAAAGAUGCUCCGAAUAGAAAGCAGCUUCUCAAUAAGUAUCAGGUAUUGGGAGCCCUAAGCGUUCCUCCUUUCCUGGUGCCCCUGAGGUUGAGCAGUCGGCAGGCAAGACUCCACCAGCUCAGGCGCCAGAGAGGGCAGCCCUUUCCAAAGCUGAUACAUGGAUCAAUAGCAUUUUCCAUUACAAGCCUAUUUAAAUACACCCAGAGGGAGAUUUGACUCCCCCGUGUGGCUCUCCACCUGGCCUGAGAGGGAUGCACAGAUUUGGGUUUGAUUCUGUGGCUGAUGAUGCUCUCAAAAGGGAGGAGAAGGUGCAAAAUGUUAGUCAGAAAUCCUUUCUGUCAUGCUAAAAUGUCGACCAUGUUUUCACUUUCCUUUAGUUUCCUUCUCUUCAGAUGUCAUUGUGUUUGUCUCAAAUGUCACACAAUCACUACCACCAUAUUAAACAUGUUUUUAUUUUUUUGUUUUGUUUAUACCAUUUUUCUGUAUAAUGUUUCUUUCUUUCUUUCUUUGUUUAUUUAUUUCCUUGUAUGAAACCUCUUGUUAAGAGGUUUUCAAGCCUCUCGAGCAUGUAAAACGUUGUAUCUGUCCAAUAAGGUUUUCAUAAUAUGAUAUCUAUGAUAAAUAUUUGAAUAGUUCAAUGAGGUGUAAAAUCUUAUCAAAUGGUUUGAAUCUGAGUGAGAAUGAUGACUGUGUACAGUAUGUACAUGAUAAUUAUGUUUAUGCAUGUGCAUGUAUGUGUGUAUGAAUGUGGGUGUGCAUUUCAUACCAGCUAGGUAAUAAGUAUAAAUGUAGGACCAGCAGAUUUUCAUGUGAUCUUCCUCAGUUUUAUUUCUACAUGCAAAGAGAUCUGUAGAAAAAGGAGGCUAUGUUAUGGUUAGUCCACACAGGGACUGAUGAACUGAUGAACUCAGGCUACCCAGCGAGCAAAAUUUGGCACAUGAAGUCUUAAAGAUGUAAUUUUCUGGUUGUAAACUGGUGGAGGAGACGUCAUAUUCAACAAAUUGGUUUUUGUCACAACCGGGUAAACACGUCCUUUUCGUGACAAGACCAAGCCAUCAUGGGAAAGAUGUCAUAUUUUGGUUGUUAUCUGGUCAGAUAAUCAGAUUUAAUACAACCAGAUAAAGAGGCCUUCUUGGUUGUUCAAAAGACAUGGAAAAAAACGGUGAACAACUUGACUAUAACGGCAUAAGAGACGUCAUAAUGACGUCAUUGCAACCAGUUUUGCCAUCUGGGUAAGUUUUCUGUGUCUGCCCUAUACAGUGAGACAGCCUCCCCAUAUUCUCCAUUGGCAUCAUACAAUAGUCAUUUAUCAUACUGUACAGUUGUGCAGUUCACUCUAACCAACAUACUGUACAUGCCAUACGACACAGACACACCUUAUCCAUGAUAAAGGUUGUGCAUUCUAGGUGCUCCUGCCAUCAGGAUUUGGUCAUAUUUUCUCACAAUUUACUAGGAUUUUCUACCUCCCCCCUUCCCCUUUCUCACUAUGUAUUUCACACUCCUUUUGUUGUUUACAAUGACUCUUUUUUUCUUAAGAGAAUGUCAGUGUUAAUUGUUGUUCCCCAUGUCAAGUCAAAGUUCCCAUGUCAAGUCAAAAUACAAUAAUGAAUGUUUAAAAUCUGAAAAAAAAACAGAGAAAUUGUAUCACUUUAUGUUAAACUUUGGUAGUUGGUGACAAAAAAGUGUCCUGGAUACAUAUUGUGGGUCCCCUACCCAUAGGAAUGAUAUCACACCUGCCACUCAUCUCACAACAAUGUCUUUACAUUAAAGAUGAAUAUUAAUCAUGUAUUUUAAAGUAUAGCCAAUUGUAAUGGAAUAAAGUUAAAAGUGUCUCACCCCACUGUGCUAUGUGUUUUGUGUCCCAGCCUGUUCCUUAUUAUUGUUGAUUAUUGUGUAAUCGUUAUGUUGACUGUGACUGUCCCUCCAGGUAUCUGGAUUCAUACGAUGGAUCCUAUGACUACAACUCCACUGCAUGCAAAGAGCUCAGACAGGAGAUUAUGGAUGUCAAAGUCCUGACCAUGUGAGUGUAUCGCCUGUGUUACGAAUGCAGUGAUGCGCAGCUAUGGUCCUUGAGGGCCUGUGUGUCUUGCUGGUUUGUGUCCUCUCUUUGAAAUUAGUUUCUAAUCUAGAUCUUGGAUAAAACAAAGCCUGUGCACUCAGUUCCAACAUUCAGGACCAUCCCUUGUCCUUUGAUUUUUUUGUGUAAAUAAUGAUUUAUUGAUUCAGCAGUGGUGAGAUAGAGUGGUAGAUACAGACAAGUAAGAUAGAUGGGAAAGUGGUCCAGACUGGCCUUGAAUCCCUGUCGCCAAGGAGAUGUACAACCAGCAGCAGCACUACCACUAGAACAGACUCUGGCACAGGCCUACAUGUUCUUAAGGCUGUUCAACACAUGUCUACAUGUUCUUAAGGCUGUUCCACACAGGCCUACAUGUUCUUAAGGCUGUUCCACACAGGCCUACAUGUUCUUGAGGCUGUUCCACACAGGCCUACAUGUUCUUGAGGCUGUUCCACACAGGCCUACAUGUUCUUGAGGCUGUACCACACAGGCCUACAUGUUCUUAAGGCUGUUCCACACAGGCCUACAUGUUCUUGAGGCUGUUCCACACAGGCCUACAUGUUCUUGAGGCUGUUCCACACAGGCCUACAUGUUCUUGAGGCUGUUCCACACAUGUCUACAUGUUCUUGAGGCUGUUCCACACAGGCCUACAUGUUCUUGAGGCUGUUCCACACAGGCCUACAUGUUCUUGAGGCUGUUCCACACAGGCCUACAUGCUCUUAAGGCUGUUCCACACAGGCCUACAUGUUCUUAAGGCUGUUCCACACAGGUCUACAUGUUCUUAAGGCUGUUCCACACAGGCCUACAUGUUCCUGAGGCUGUACCACACAGGCCUACAUGUUCUUGAGGCUGUUCCACACAGGCCUACAUGUUCUUGAGGCUGUUCCACACAGGCCUACAUGUUCUUGAGGCUGUUCCACACAGGCCUACAUGCUCUUAAGGCUGUUCCACACAGGCCUACAUGUUCUUAAGGCUGUUCCACACAGGUCUACAUGUUCUUAAGGCUGUUCCACACAGGCCUACAUGUUCCUGAGGCUGUACCACACAGGCCUACAUGUUCUUGAGGCUGUUCCACACAGGCCUACAUGUUCUUGAGGCUGUUCCACACAGGCCUACAUGUUCUUGAGGCUGUUCCACACAGGCCUACAUGUUCUUAAGGCUGUUCCACACAGGCCUACAUGUUCUUAAGGCUGUUCCACACAGGUCUACAUGUUCUUAAGGCUGUUCCACACAGGCCUACAUGUUCUUAAGGCUGUUCUACACAGGCCUACAUGUUCUUAAGGCUGUUCCACACAGGUCUACAUGUUCUGAAGGCUGUUCCACACAGGCCUACAUGUUCCUGAGGCUGUACCACACAGGCCUACAUGUUCUUGAGGCUGUUCCACACAGGCCUACAUGUUCUUGAGGCUGUUCCACACAGGCCUACAUGUUCUUGAGGCUGUUCCACACAGGUCUACGUGUUCUUAAGGCUGUUCCACACAGGCCUACAUGUUCUUAAGGCUGUUCCACACAGGUCUACAUGUUCUUAAGGCUGUUCCACACAGGCCUACAUGUUCUUAAGGCUGUUCUACACAGGUCUACAUGUUCUUAAGGCUGUUCCAGCUAGUUAUCACACCUGUAAGAGGAGCUUGCUGAGGGGCAGUGUGCCAGGCCAUGAAGUAGACAGUGAGACAGACAGACAGACAGACAGACAGACAGACAGACAGACAGACAGACAGACAACAGCCCAUGGCUCUGCUAGCAGUCACAGUGCAGUGACUGGCUUUCAUUACACUACAUCAAGCCCUGCUGGUGCUUUACCUCCCUGAGCAAAUCAAAUGCCACAAUCAUCGAGGGGGAAUGUCAGUUCAAGGGGAGCUAUUCAGAAACCUAUCUCUGGCCAUCACCAUCUUCUCCUCAAGACGGCGGACGCAAGGCGUCAGUCAGAGGGAGUGCCUGGGCGCAAUGCUAAACCCAGAGCCACAGACUCCAGUGUCAUUCUCAUGUUACACCUCAGUGCGUGUUUAAUAUUCAUAUUACAGAGCAGAGCCACGUAGCAUGCUGCAGUGUCAUCUCUGUGGUUUCUGUAGCUCCAUGUAGCCACAUCCCCCUCUUUUAUCUACCUGUGCAGUUUCCACCCCCUCAUUGUGACCAUAUACUGAACAUACACUGAGUGCACAAAACAUUAAGAACACCUGCUCUUUCCAUGACAUAGACUGACUAGGUGAUUCCAGGUGAAAGCUAUGAUCCCUUAUUGAUGUCACUUGUUAAAUCCACUUCAAUCAGUGUAGAUGAAGGGGAGGAGACAGGUUAAAGAUGGAUGUUUAAGCCUUGAGACAAUUGAGACAUGGAUUGUGUAUGUGUGCCAUUCAGAGGGUGAAUGGGCAUGGUAGUAGUAGGUUCCAGUUGCACCGGUUUGUGUCAAGAACUGCCAUGCUGCUGGGUUUUUCACGCUCAACAGUUUCCUGUGUGUAUCAAGAAUGGUCCACCACCGAAAAGACAUCCAGCCAACUUGACAGAACUGUGGGAAGCAUUGGAGUCUACAUGGGCCAGUAUCCCUGUGGAAUGCUAUCGACACCUUGUAGAGUCCAUUCCCCAAUGAAUUGAGGCUGUUCUGAGAGCAAAAGGGGGUGCAACUCAAUAUUAGGAAGGUGUUCUUAAUGUUUUGUACAGUCAGUGUCUGGUAUAGGACCAUUUCCUAUAGGGCUUAUUCUUAGCUUAUUCUUAAACAUACAUGGAUCACUUGACUCUUCUCUUGUUUGUCUCGUUUUUAUGUGGGGUUUCCCUGGCCGUCUGACAGGGUGAAGACGUCGGAGCUGUUUGAGAGAUGGAGGAACCUGCAGGUGUGCAAGUGGCAGCAGAACAUGGUGGAGACCAACAACUUCAAGUAAGCACAAUUGACCCUCAUGGCAUCACAGAGAUGGUUUUUCAUGUCGUCUUUCUUGCAGUCACGCUACGCAUCUCAGAAGAUUGCUAUAUCAUAUUAUUGGGGUUCACAAAACACUUAUUUAGGCAUUGUGAUAUCUGAUCAUCUGCAUUACGUGACUGCAAAACAGAAGACUUGGAACGCCACCAGAAUCUAUUACUCCUACUCAGUAUCAACCCCAUCCAUUUCUAUCUAGUGUGACUAGGGUUGCAAAAUUCUAGGAACUAGCUUUCAAUAAAAAGGUUGGAGUCUCCCGGAAUCAGGAGGUAAUAUACAGGAAAUCCGGAAUCCUCCAAUCAGGAUUUCUGAAAAACCAGGGAAUUUAUUUAAAGUUCCUGGGGCAGGGAGACCCCCAGCGCCGCUAAAACCAUUGACAACUACGUGCCGUUUUCAAGGGAUUGUUAAAAAAAGUGUAUUAUUUGUUUUUUUAUAUCAUCACCUCUAGAAGAGCAUAGUCAGAACUACACAGUUCCCAUUAUUCCACGUUUAGCUCUAUCAUCAGAGUUACACAGCAAGUAACUGCAUGCUUUUCAUGAUCAGUAAACCUACGUUGGUUGGAGAAAAAAAUACAUUAGGUCCAAUGUUCCCUCUCAUUUUUAUCGGCACUGAGCAAAUUUUAGGUCUGCUGAGCGCAAACCUGAACGCUGUGAAAAUUCUGUGCAACUUCCAGCGCGUAUUUACUGUGAACACUUAGCGCUUUAAGUUACAGUUUCAGACUGUGAUCAAGUAGGCUACUGUGGCUAUUUGAUCAUAAUGUAUGCCUACCAGAGUGGCCUACCAUCAAAAACAAUGGAGAAAAUGCAUCCCAUAACAGUUUAACAUGUAAAUAGCUGUUCUAUCAUUCAGCCUACAGUAGAAGCCAAUGUAUGGUGUUCAAUGUAGGCCUACAUUCCAUGAGACUUUUGAAUAAAACUUGCAGGGCUUGACAUUAACCUGUUUAUCCACUUGUCCUUCAGACAAGGAGGUGAUUGAAAAUGUUGUUGUGUUGUUUGAUGCAAGAAACCACUUAACAAAAUAGAAUGCAUUAUUAUUCCCAUACCAUUAUUACAGAAAAUCAGACAAAUUAUGCUACCCUCUGACUAUUGGCUACUUAGCUUAUUCAACAUUGCCCCUUUAAGAAGAAAAAAAAGGCCUUUACCUGACUUGCUUUUCAAAGAUGUCUAGAAAUGUAAUGUUUUGUGCUCUUGUAGGAAGCAAUCACUCCCCCAUUGCUGACUACAAAUUAACUAUAACUGGGCUAAUAACUCACUAACUAGCAAAGGAUAUGAACAAAUGUGCACACAUGGCUACAUGCAGCUCUCGCUCUGAUCUCAAAACAAGCGCAUCUACUCAAGACAGCUCAUGCUGUAAACACAGUCCAGUUCAAAGUGAAUGGCACAGAUCCAUAUAUGGCAAUGGUCUAUUUGCAUAUAGGGAUACUGCAGCUCUGAUUGGUUAUGCUACGCCGGUCUGUGUAGAGUACGGGCUGAGUCAUGCGUGUCAAUGCAAUAGAAUCCUACUCGUUCUGCCUACAACAAAAUAUUUUGCAUAGUUAGUUUUGCAUCCUAAGUCUUGUAUAGUUCAUUUUGUUUCAGUAUGUUGCAUUGAAAGUGGCUAAUAUUACGUUGAUUUGAUCACAAUUCCCACAGUAAAGUGAAACGUUGAUAGUGUUAAUUAAAGGGGAAAACUCUAGAAAGAUUAGUAAAGUUGAAUCUCGUGCUUCUCUGCACAGGCAUAAUUUUUUAGGGGGGGAACAUUGAUUAGGUCUAAUUACCACUAUGUUUAGCCAACUGUACAAAGUUUCAGAGCCCACAAAGGAUGGGAAAAACCUAAACCACUCAUAUUUGUCAGGUAUAUAGUUGGAGUCGGAAUUUUACAAACACUUAGGUUGGAGUCAUUAAAACUAGUUUUUCAACCACUCCGCAAAUUUCUUGUUAACAAACUAUAGUCUUGGCAAGUCGGUUAGGACAUCUACUUUGUGCAUGACACAAGUAAUUUUUCCAACAAUUGAUUACAGACAGAUUAUUUCACUUAUAAUUCACUGUAUCACAAUUCCAGUGGGUCAGAAGUUUACAUACACUAAGUUGACUGUGCCUUUAAACAGCUUGGAAAAUUCCAGAAAAUUAUGUCAUGGCUUUAGAAGCUUCUGAUAGGCUAAUUGACAUCAUUUGAGUCAAUUGGAGGUGUACCUAGGGAUAGAACAGCGCCGGAAGAAGAUGGCUGCCGUUUUACAGCCCUCUAACCAAUUGUACUACUAUGUGUGUUUUUCCGCGUUAUUUGUAAUUUAUUUUGUACAUAAUGUUUCUGCCAUCGUCUCUUAUAACCAAAGAGAGCUUCUGGAUAUCAGGACAGCGAUUACUCACCUCGCGUUGGACGAAGACUUUUUCUUCAACGAGGCGUUCGCGAAGGAUAUUCUACAGACUCCCGACAAGGCCCAGAUCCCCGUCAUUCGCGUGAGGAAGAGACGGAGAUAUCGUGGGCGCAGAUCCGGGUGCCUUGUAAGGAUCCGACGGCGAACGAGUAAACUGCCUCUCCCAUCAAUCCUAUUAGCCAAUGUUCAAUCUUUUGAGAAUAAAAUGGACGAUUUAAGAUUACGGUUAUCCUACCAACGGGACAUUAAAAACUGUAAUAUCUUAUGUUUCACGGAGUCGUGGCUGAACGACAACAAUGACAACAUUCAGCUAGCGGGCUAUACGCUACAUCGGCAGGACAGAACUGCAGACUCUGGUAAGGCAAAGGGUGGCGGUCUGUGUAUAUUUGUAAACAACAGCUGGUGCACAAAAUCAAAUACUAAGGAAGUCUCUAGGUUUUGCUCGCCUGAGGUAGAGUAUCUUAUGAUAAGCUGUAGACCACACUAUUUACCAAGAGAGUUUUCAUCUAUAUUUUUCAUAGCUGUCUAUUUACCACCACAAACCAAUGCUGGCAUUAAGAUUGCACUGAAUGAGUUGUACAAGGCCAUUAAUCAACAGGAGAACGCUCAUCCAGAUGCAGCGCUCCUAGUGGCCGGGGACUUUAAUGCAGGGAAACUUAAAUCCGUUCUACCUCAUUUCUACCAGCAUGUUAAAUGUGCAACCAGAGGGGAAAAAACUCUAGACCACCUUUACUCCACACACAAAGACGCAUACAAAGCUCUCCCUCGCCCUCCAUUUGGCAAAUCUGACCAUAACUCUAUCCUCCUGAUUCCUGCUUAUAAGCAAAAACUGAAGCAGGAAGCACCAGUGAUUCGGCUGAUAAAAAAGUGGUCAGAUGACGCAGAUGCUAAGCUACAGGACUGUUUUGCUAGCACAGACUGGAACAUGUUCCGGGAUUCUUCAGACAGCAUUGAGGAGUACACCACAUCAGUCACUGGCUUCAUCAAUAAGUGCAUCGAUGAUGUCGUCCCCACAGUGACCGUACGUACAUACCCCAACCAGAAGCCAUGGAUUACAGGAAACAUCCGCACUGAGCUAAAGGGUAGAGCUGCCGCUUUCAAGGAACGGGACUCUAACCCGGACGCUUAUAAGAAAUCCCGCUAUGACCUCCGACGAACCAUCAAACAGGCAAAGAGUCAAUACAGGUCUAAGAUUGAAUCAUACUACACUGGCUCUGACGCUCGUCGGAUGUGGCAGGGCUUGAAAACUAUUACAGACUACAAAGGGAAGCACAGCCGCGAGCUGCCCAGUGACACAAGCCUACCAGACGAGCUAAACCACUUCUAUGCUCGCUUCGAGGCAAGCAACACUGAAGCAUGCACGAGAGCACCAGCUGUUCCGGACGACUAUGUGAUCACGCUCUCCGUAGCCGAUGUGAGUAAGACUUUUAAGCAGGUCAACAUUCACAAGGCCGCAGGGCCAGACGGAUUACCAGGACGUGUACUCCGAGCAUGUGCUGACCAACUGGCAAGUGUCUUCACUGACAUUUUCAACAUGUCCCUGACUGAGUCUGUAAUACCAACAUGUUUCAAGCAGACCACCAUAGUCCCCGUGCCCAAGAACUCUAAGACAACCUGCCUAAAUGACUACCGACCCGUAGCACUGACGUCUGUAGCCAUGAAGUGCUUUGAAAGACUGGUCAUGGCUCACAUCAACAGCAUAAUCCCAGAAACCCUAGACCCACUCCAAUUUGCAUACCGCCCCAACAGAUCCACAGAUGAUGCAAUCUCUAUCGCACUCCACACUGCCCUUUCCCACCUGGACAAGAGGAACACCUACGUGAGAAUGCUAUUCAUUGACUACAGCUCAGCAUUCAACACCAUAGUGCCCUCUAAGCUCAUCACUAAGCUAAGGAUCCUGGGACUAAACACCUCCCUCUGCAACUGGAUCCUGGACUUCCUGACGGGCCGCCCCCAGGUGGUAAGGGUAGGUAACAACACAUCUGCCACACUGAUCCUCAACACGGGGGCCCCUCAGGGGUGCGUGCUCAGUCCCCUCCUGUACUCUCUGUUCACCCAUGACUGCAUGGCCAGGCACGACUCCAACAUCAUCAUUAAGUUUGCCGACGACACAACAGUGGUAGGCCUGAUCACCGACAACGAUGAGACAGCCUAUAGGGAGGAGGUCAGAGAUCUGGCCGUGUGGUGCCAGGACAACAACCUCUCCCUCAACGUGACCAAGACAAAGGAGAUGAUUGUGGACUACAGGAAAAAAAAGAGGACUGAGCACGCCCCCAUUCUCAUCGACGGGGCUGAAGUGGAACAGGUUGAGAGCUUCAAGUUCCUUGGUGUCCACAUCACCAACGAACUAUCAUGGUCCAAACACACCAAGACAGUCGUGAAGAGGGCACGACAAAGCCUAUUCCCCCUCAGGAGACUAAAAAGAUUUGGCAUGGGUCCUCAGAUCCUCAAAAAAUUCUACAGCUGCACCAUCGAGAGCAUCCUGACUGGUUGCAUCACCGCCUGGUAUGGCAACUGCUUGGCCUCUGACCGCAAGGCACUACAGAGGGUAGUGCGUACGGCCCAGUACAUCACUGGGGCAAAGCUCCCUGCCAUCCAGGACCUCUAUACCAGGCGGUGUCAGAGGAAGGCCCUCAAAAUUGUCAAAGACUCCAGCCACCCUAGUCAUAGACUGUUCUCUCUGCUACCGCACGGCAAGCGGUACCGGAGUGCCAAGUCUAGGUCCAAAAGACUUCUCAACAGCUUCUACCCCCCAAGCCAUAAGACUCCUGAACAGCUAAUCAUGGCUACCCGGACUAUUUGCACUGCCCCCCCACCCCAUCCUUUUUACGCUGCUGCUACUCUGUUAAGUAUUUAUGCAUAGUCACUUUAACUCUACCCACAUGUACAUAUUACCUCAACUACCUCAACUAGCCGGUGCCCCCGCACAUUGACCAUGCAACGGUACCCCCCUGUAUAUAUAGCCUCCCUACUGUCACUUUAUUUUACUGUAUAUAUAGCCUCCCUACUGUCACUUUAUUUUACUUCUGCUCUUUUUUUCUCAACACUUUUUUGUUGUUGUUUUAUUCUUACUUGUUUGUUUUAAAAUAAAUGCACUGUUGGUUAAGGGCUGUAAGUAAGCAUUUCACUGUAAUGUCUGCACCUGUUGUAUUCGGCGCAUGUGACCAAUAAAAUUUGAUUUGAUUUGAUUUGAUUUGACCUGUGGCUGUAUUUCAAGGCCUACCUUCAAACUCAGUGCCUCUUUGCUUGACAUCAUGGGAAAAUCAAAAGAAAUCAGCCAAGACCUCAGAAAUAAAAUUGUAGACCUCCACAAGUCUGGUUCAUCCUUGGGAGCAAUUUCCAAACGCCUGAAGGUACCACGUUCAUCUGUACAAACAAUAGUACGCAAGUAUAAACACCAUGGGACCACGCAGCCGUCAUACCGCUCAGGAAAGAGACGCGUUCUGUCUACUAGAGAUGAACGUACUUUGGUGUGAAAAGUGCAAAUCAAUUCCAGAACAACAGCAAAGGACCUUGUGAAGAUGCUGGAAGAAACAGGUAAAAAAGUAUCUAUAUCCACAGUAAAACGAGUCCUAUAUCGACAUAACCUGGAAGGCCGCUCAGCAAGGAUGAAACCACUGCUCCAAAACCGCCAUAAAAAAGCCAGAAUACGGUUUGCAACUGCACAUGGGGACCAAUAUCAUACUUUUUGGAGAAAUGUCCUCUGGUCUGAUGAAACAUAAAUAGAACUGUUUGGCCAUAAUGACCAUCAUUAUGUUUGGAGGAAAAAGGGGGGACUUGCAAGCCGAAGAACACCAUCCCAACCGUGAAGCACGGGGGUGGCAGCAUCAUGCUGUGGGGGUGCUUUGCUGCAGGAGGGACUGGUGCACUUCACAAAAUAGAUGGCAUCAUGAGGAAGGAAAAUUAUGUGGAUAUAUUGAAGCAACAUCUCAAGACAUCAGUCAGGAAGUUAAAGCUUGGUCGCAAAUGGGUCUUCCAAAUAGACAACAACCCCAAGCAUACUUCCAAAGUUGUGGCAAAAUGGCUUAAGGACAACAAAGUCAAGGUAAUGGAGUGGCCAUCACAAAGCCCUGACCUCAAUCCUAUAGAAAAGUUGUGGGCAGAACUGAAAAAACGUGUGCGAGCAAGGAGGCCUACAAACCUGACUCAGUUACACCAGCUGUCAGGAGGAAUGGGCCAAAAUUCACCCAAUUUAUUGUGGGAAGCUUGUGGAAGGCUACCCGAAACGUUAGACCCAUGUUAAACAAUUUAAAGGCAAUGCUACCAAAUACGAAUUGAGUGUAUGUAAACUUCUGACCCACUGGGAAUGUGAUGAAAGAAAUAAAAGCUGAAAUGAAUAAUUCUCUCUACUAUUAUUCUGACAUUUCACAUUCUUAAAAUAAAGUGGUGAUUCUAACUGAUUUAAGACAGGGAAUAUUUACUAGGAUUAAAUGUCAAGAAUUGUGAAAAACUGAGUUUAAAUGUAUUUGGCUAAGGUGUAUGUAAACUUCCGACUUCAACUGUAGUUUACUUUUAUUUUAUAUCACUCAAAUAUCCAAUUAAUGGUAGCCAAUAUUGAGAGAUAUCGUGAGGCUACCGUCCCUCACAUAUCUGAAAUUACAUGAUCAAUUCAUGUUCACUGAAAAGCAUGCAGUUACUUGCUGUAUAACUCUGAUGAUAGAGCUAAAUGUGCGCAAUUGUUUUGCAUGGUAAUUCAAGUAUAUUAAAAUAUAAAUAUUACAACCAAAUAAUUAACAUUUAUUUAAUUUGAAAACGGCACACACAUUUGUCAAUGAUUUUAGUGGAGCUGGGGGUCAGCUUGCCCUCUAGCAGGCAAAUCGAACGCUCUGCACCUUAUUGUGAAGUUUUAUUGAUAACGACCUAUAGUACCAAUCACAUUGCUUAGAUGUCUCUCUAUAUAUCAGGUUAUCUUUAUUGUGUGACUGUAACCCAACUUAUAGAGAGACUUUCUAUUGCAGGGGUGCACAGUUCUGUUCCUCAAGGACCAGGACUGCAGUGUUGCUAGUUUUUCCAGCACCCUUGUUAUACUACAGUUUGUUUGGAUCUGACAGUAACUCCUGCCUUCUUUUGUCCUCUCCAAUAGGAUGUCUCUGUCGCGGUGCUGUAAUGCACCCUCCUUCCUGUUCACCACCAAGAGGAACACCCCAGCAGGCACCAAGCUGAGGUAUGAGGUGGACACCAGUGGCAUCCUGCCCAUCAGUACUGAGGUCUUCAAGAUGUUCCCCGACGUGAGUGUUCCAACUAUAACAAUAUACAGUAUAGCAUCCUGUAAGACUACCUGUCAUCCAUGCAUCCUGUAAGACUACCUGUCAUCCAUGCAUCCUAUAAGACUACCUGUCAUCCAUGCAUCCUAUAAGACUACAUGUCAUCCAUGCAUCCUAUAAGACUACCUGUCAUCCAUGCAUCCUAUAAGACUACCUGUCAUCCAUGCAUCCUAUAAGACUACAUGUCAUCCAUGCAUCCUAUAAGACUACAUGUCAUCCAUGCAUCCUAUAAGACUACCUGUCAUCCAUGCAUCCUAUAAGACUACCUGUCAUCCAUGCAUCCUAUAAGACUACCUGUCAUCCAUGCAUCCUAUAAGACUACCUGUCAUCCAUGCAUCCUGUAAGACUACCUGUCAUCCAUGCAUCCUGUAAGACUACCUGUCAUCCAUGCAUCCUAUAAGACUACAUGUCAUCCAUGCAUCCUAUAAAACUACCUGUCAUCCAUGCAUCCUAUAAGACUACCUGUCAUCCAUGCAUCCUGUAAGACUACCUGUCAUCCAUGCAUCCUGUAAGACUACCUGUCAUCCAUGCAUCCUAUAAGACUACCUGUCAUCCAUGCAUCCUGUAAGACUACCUGUCAUCCAUGCAUCCUAUAAGACUACCUGUCAUCCAUGCAUCCUAUAAGACUACAUGUCAUCCAUGCAUCCUAUAAGACUACCUGUCAUCCAUGCAUCCUAUAAGACUACCUGUCAUCCAUGCAUCCUAUAAGACUACAUGUCAUCCAUGCAUCCUAUAAGACUACAUGUCAUCCAUGCAUCCUAUAAGACUACCUGUCAUCCAUGCAUCCUAUAAGACUACCUGUCAUCCAUGCAUCCUGUAAGACUACAUGUCAUCCAUGCAUCCUAUAAGACUACCUGUCAUCCAUGCAUCCUAUAAGACUACCUGUCAUCCAUGCAUCCUAUAAGACUACCUGUCAUCCAUGCAUCCUAUAAGACUACCUGUCAUCCAUGCAUCCUAUAAGACUACCUGUCAUCCAUGCAUCCUACGCAAUACCUCCCACCCUAAAGUGACGGAACUCAACCCCCCCCCCCCCCCCCCCCCCCCCCCCCCCCCGGGUUAUAAACUACCCUAUAUUUCUGUCUGACACUGGUUCCAUUUCAUUCAAAGGACAUGCCGUACUCCAAGUCCCAGUUCAAGAAAUGUGCUGUUGUUGGAAACGGAGGAAUCAUCAAGAACAGCAAAUGUGGGAAGGAAAUUGACUCAGCAGAUUUCGUGUUUAGGUACACAGCAUCUUCAUCCCGUAGUGCUAAAAUUAUUUCCCAGCAUCACUUGGGCUGAUUUAUUUUUGUCUGCAGAUAUCACAUGGCAAGAUAUAGGAUUGAACUACUUUCAGUCUGCUCAGGUCUUCUCAGAAUCUGCAUUGAAUAAUGUGAAUAAUUAUCCUUCCUUCAAAGAUGCAACAUACCACCCAUCAACGAGAAGUAUUCAGCUGAUGUAGGCUCCAAAACGGAUCUGGUGACGAUUAAUCCAAGUAUUAUAACAGAGAGGUACUGUAGGCUAUGUCAACAAAAAAGUGUAUUGCCAUUAACAUUGCAUUGUCAUUGUGCCACACACACACACACACACACACACAGACACACAGACACACACACACACACACAGACAGAACAUCUAGACUUGAAAUGUAUUAGCGGCGGCAGUUACAAUGGGUGUGCACUUAGUAAAAUAUAAUGUUCGGGCACAGAGCCGCAGCACUCACAUCUGCUCCUCUCAAACACACACACCCCUUCCGUCCCUCCUUUUAAACACUCUAAUCCCUUACCUCUCUUCUCCUCCUCCACCAGGUUCCAGAAGCUAGAGAAGUGGCGGCGGCCAUUUUACGAGGUUCUUCAGAACUAUGAGAACUCGUCGGUGGUCCUACCCGCCUUCUACAACACGCGUAACACUGAUGUCUCCUUCCGGGUCAAGUAUAUGCUAGACGACUUUGACUCCCAGAGGGGCGUGUUCUUCUUCCAUCCCCAGUACCUGCUCAACGUCCAGCGCUUCUGGGGUGUCCAGGGUGUCCGCGCCAAACGCCUCAGCAGCGGCCUGAUGCUGGUCACCGCCGCCAUGGAACUCUGCGAGGAGGUCCACCUCUACGGCUUCUGGGCGUUUCCCAUGAACCCCUCAGGCAUCUUCAUCACUCACCAUUACUACGACAACGUCAAGCCCCGCCCCGGGUUCCACGCCAUGCCCCACGAGAUCUUUAACUUCCUGCACAUGCACACGCGAGGCAUCCUCCAUGUACACUCGGGAGGUUGC